CAUCAAGUUAAUAAUGCAAGCAAAAAUAUCUACCUCUUCCACCAAACCAUCCCCUCUACUCUAGUCAUAUAUAUAAAAACCAGUUUUGCAUGAGGAAAGUAUACAGAGGAGGAGAACCGAAAAAGAAAGAAGAAGAAGAAGAAGAAAAAUGGCGUGCUGUGGGAGGCCAAACAGGAGUGACAUUCAUUUGUCAAAUGAAGAAGAGGCAGAGAUAGAGUCAAAGACAAGAGAAUUCUUCGAUGGAGUCACUCCCAAACGUCACACUAAGCCUCAACGUAGCGAAUACACAUCAUCUCAAUACGUCGAUGCUCUCUCUAACCCAAAUAAAGAAUCAGAAAUUCCUGAACUUGUUGAGUUCCAACGUCUGGAAAAUGAUACUGAGCAGAAAAUAGUUGUUAAUGGAAGUGAGGUUGGGGAGGAGUUUGUGGAAACAGAUUACUAUAAGGAUCUGAAUUGUGUUGACAAGCAGCACCACACAACAGGAACAGGGUUUAUCAAAGUACCCAACAAAAGUGACAAAAAUUACAACCUGGCACCUGAUACGAACACUGACUGCCAUGCCUCUUGCCAGUGUAACCCAGCAACCAAUGACUGGAUCCCAGAUGCUGCUGAUUCAGCACCCCGUCCUUCAGGCAAGCCAGGCAGGAGUGAGAAUUAGGAGGGAGUGUUAAUUUUGUCCGCACAUUAUUGUGACUCUUAAAUGAGGCUCUAAAUGUAGCAAGAGCCGUAUUUUUAUUAUCAUUGUUAUGCCUUCUGUUGAAGAGGGCCAAUUAAGUAUUCUUAAUCAUUGUUUUGCUUCUAUGCUCUAUCAAGAGUUAGAGAAAAUUAUUUCAUUGUCUCACUCA